UGCUGAAAUGCUAAUGAGUGCUGAUUCAGUUAGCGGUGGUGACUGCACGUACACACACUCAGAAAACACACACACCAGUGGUUAGUAUUUGGCUAAGACACAGACCCUUUUCUAUCGGAGGACCACACAGUGCAGAGAAGUCUCUCGGUUUAUUGAUUGUCAAAGGCAAAUCCAGAUGAGGGAUGAAGGACAGGGACGGGAAGACAGAGCCGAGCCCAGCUGGAGUACUGCUACUGAGGGAACAGCAAAGCUUCAUUUGACAUCAACACAAAAGGGAUCACACUUGGUUUUUCCAUAGAGAGACUUGAUACAUUUGGGUUUUACUUGUUCAGGAUGUCAAUUGAACGGAGGGCACUGCUAGAACAGAAGCAACGGAGGAAGCGUCAAGAACCUCUGAUGGUUCAACCAAACACAGAGACUCGGCCACGACGCUCCAGGGCACGACGAGGUGAAGAGCAGGCCCCUCUGGUGGAGUCGCAGAUGAGUAUCACCAACGAUGCCAUUAUGGAUGGAAUAGACGGCCCUGCAGCUUUCUUGGGUUCAGAGGCCCCUGAUCUUGGAACGAAAAUCCAAAUCCUGUCAGUGAGCCAGUCCCAGCCUCAGUCACAACCUCCGAAUCAGCUCCAGUCCCAGCUUCAGUCUCAGCCCCAGUCCCCUGCUGCUGAAGAACCAGAAAGAGAUGGAGACACUGAGACACUGAUAGAGCCCAAGACAGAUAUUCAUGAAUUGCUGCAGAAACAAGGGCUGUCUGGCAGUAUGAACUUUGAUGAAGCCAGUGAGCAUGAGGAUGAUGCAGAGCAAGGACAGACCCGUCCUCUGUCCCCAAACACAGACACCACCAGGCCUGCCUCUGCUGCCAGUGGCAAGGACAUUCCAGAGCUUGUGACCCCAGGAUCACCCACAGCAGAGAGCUCUCUAAUUGAUUUGGCCAAUCUUGAGGAGUUUGUCUUGCGUCCAGCUCCACGUGGUGCCACCGUCAAAUGCCGAAUCACACGGGACAAGAAGGGCAUGGACCGCGGCCUUUACCCCACUUAUUUCAUGCACAUGGAGAGAGAGGAUGGCAAGAGGGUAUUUCUACUGGCAGGAAGGAAGAGGAAGAAGAGUAAAACAUCCAACUACCUUAUUUCUGUUGAUGCCACUGAUCUGUCACGAGAGGGAGAGAGCUUCAUAGGCAAACUGAGGUCCAAUCUCAUGGGCACCAAAUUUACUGUGUAUGACAAUGGCACCAAUCCCUGUAAAAACCCCGGAACACUGCUGGAAGAAAGCAACACGCGACAGGAACUGGCUGCCAUCUGCUAUGAAACCAAUGUGCUGGGAUUCAAAGGACCACGCAAGAUGACAGUGAUCAUCCCAGGCAUGAAUAUGAACUUCGAAAGAGUGCCAGUAAGGCCUCAAAAUGAGCAAGAGAGCCUGUUGAGCAGGUGGCAGAAUCACACAUUGGACAGCCUGAUAGAGCUGCACAACAAGGCCCCUGUGUGGAAUGAUGACACACAGUCUUAUGUGUUGAACUUCCAUGGCCGUGUCACUCAGGCUUCAGUGAAGAACUUCCAAAUUGUUCACGACAACGAUCCUGACUACAUUGUCAUGCAGUUUGGUAGAGUAGCUGAAGACAUCUUCACACUGGACUACAACUACCCCAUGUGUGCUCUUCAAGCCUUUGCCAUUGGCCUGUCAAGCUUUGACAGCAAGUUGGCCUGCGAAUAAGACUUCAGUUUUGCUUCCACACCCUUCCUGUCUCCACUGAUAUCCUGUCAAACGACUGUUUAAAAGCUGACAGCAACUUCACUUCAUCAGGAACCUGUUCACACUGGAGACGAGAAACAAAAUGUUGAAGCUGAAAUAACAGCCAUGGACACUACUCGGAGAAUUUGAUGAUCUACCAGUCCACCCACCAACGCUGUGGACUCCAGUGCUGCAGUUUUUCUCCUGCCAUUUUAAAAGGGUUUGUUUAUCCAAGUAUGCAGUACUUACAGUGUAAGUGUACAUGCAGAUGUACAAAUGUAUACAAACUAAAAGGGAAAAGACAAAGUAAAGAACACCAUUACCAUCUGUGUAAGAGACAAGUGCUUUUUCAGAUAUUUGGUGCAAGAGCUGAUGUUAAAUGUAUCACACUAAUCAUUGUUUUAAGAGUGGUUCUAUGUAUAUUCGUCAUUGUCUGUUGUUUUUGUUGCCUUUAAUUUAGGUUUCACACAGUGUUUUUUUUGUCACGCUAAAGCCUAGUCUUCUAGAUUGAUAACAUACUUGCAGGCAUUGGAUAAAUGCCUUGAUAUUUUUGGAGUUUUUUACAGUCGUCCACAGCAAACGCAGAUGAAACACAACUCAGGCUCCUGAAGUACACUUGAGAUUGAUUAAAGCCGAGUCGAAUUUGGCAAAACAAGAGUUUAAACUCAAGAGCAGAAUGUGAGAUGUCCUUCUGCAACAUGGCCUUUCCUCUGGCGCCCUCCUGAGGCCACAUUGGACAUUUUCUGUCCCACACCAUUAAUCUGAAUCUUGGCAUUAGCAUGACCUCAAAAUCCUCUUGUUUACAUCUUAUUAUGUAGCUGUGUUGUUCAGUCUGCCAUCCCCUUGUAACUAAUUCUGAAAUCAUUCUUUUUAUAUCAUGCUGUUGCCUUGUUCCGUAUUAUGUACAAAGGUGCAUUGUUCAGGACUGAACUGUUUUAGGUUUUUGUGUUUGGGUGAUUUUUAAUGUGAUUGUGAUUUUUGUUUAUCUUAGUUGACAAGUCAGAUUGGAAACAACAGAAAACAUAAAUGCAGAAUUGCACAUCUAAAAAGAAACUAUAGACAUACUGUAUAUAAAACACUAGAUAAUGCCUUUGUAUUUGAUAUAUUUUCUUUCAACUUUAAAAUGAUAUAAAAUACUAAUUAUCGUCUAUUUACAUGGAAUUGUAAGUAUAUUCUAUACAGAGCUUAUAUAUUGAUACAGAUUUGUCCAAAACUUCAAAUUUUGAUGUUUUCAGGAAAAAGUAGGUUAGACUAUAUAAGAAGACUUUGUCAGCACUCUGUAUAUAAAGUCUCAGUGGACUUUUGAUUAAGUUGAGAUAAAUCUGGAGCAUAUCAUAUACUGUCCAUAUCACCACUGUCUAAAAGCCUCAAAGGUUUUUCUAACUGCCACCUCACUGCAGGGGAAAUGAGGGAUAACAGCUUUUUUAUCAUUAUUAAAUGUCCCCAAUAUUUUGUUUACUCAUUGAACUGUGAUUGUGUUCUAUGUGAAAAUGAAACUUGUGUAUAUCCACACAUUGAGGGUUACUGUUGCUACAGUCAAUGAAAUUACAUCAGCGUGGCAGUUACUUUAAAGGGUUUACCAUGUAUCUUUUUAAAACACUGUUUCGGGGCACAUUCUGCUAAACACACUAUUCACACUAUUCUUCUUUGCUGCACAGUGAAGAUGCUCCUGUCCGAACCACAGAACACUUGAUGUAAACUGUCAUCAUUUUAAAGACUUUAUAAUGUGACAAAUAACUGUGUGCCAGCAGUUUAUGGAAAUUCUGUUUUGUCAUUUUGUAUUAUAAAAUUUUCAAGAAAGUGUGUAAUGGAAUUUUGAGAAAAGAGAAAACAUGUUAAUAGAGAAUAUUUUUGAAAUAUUUCAUUCUUUAGAUACGAUAAGUUUUGGUGAAACACAUUCCAUUGAGACAUCUGGUAAAACAAUCAGGUAUAUGGCUGUAUUUAACAUCAGUGAUCAAACUUGUUAAUUGUGUUAUUAUGCUGAACAAUGAAUGUACAUUUAACAGAUGUCACCUGGAUUGGAACACCUUGGAGAGAUAAAUGUACUUAUUUCCAUUGAUGUAAAAUGAUUAUACAAUCAAUAUACAGCCGUUUUGAAAAUAAAGAACCUAAGGAG